GUGGCCCCUCCUCUCUCCUUCUCCCCCUCCUCCCUCCCCCCUCCUCCUCCUCCUCCUCCGGUCGGACGGCCACAUUCCCCGCUACCUUUCACCCCGGAGAAACCCCGAUCUGACGGCGAAGCAACGCGGACAAACCCCGGGACAACAUGGCGUCAGGUGUGACAGUGAACGAUGAGGUCAUCAGAGUGUUUAACGACAUGAAGGUGAGGAAGAGUUCGACCCAGGACGAGGUGAAGAAGAGGAAGAAGGCGGUGCUGUUCUGUCUGAGCGACGACAGAAGCAAGAUCAUCGUCGAGGAGGGGAAGCAGAUCCUGGUGGGCGACAUCGGCGAGACAGUUGACGACCCCUACGCCUGCUUCGUGAAGCUCCUCCCCCUCAACGACUGCAGAUACGGGCUGUAUGACGCCACCUACGAGACCAAGGAGUCCAAGAAGGAGGACCUGGUCUUCAUCUUCUGGGCUCCAGAGGGCGCUCCGCUGAAGAGUAAGAUGAUUUACGCCAGCUCUAAAGAUGCCAUCAAAAAGAAGUUUACAGGUAUCAAACACGAGUGGCAGGUGAACGGGCUGGACGACAUCGAGGACCGCACCACGCUGGCCGAGAAGCUUGGCGGGAACGUGGUGGUGUCUCUGGAGGGCAAGCCGCUGUGAUGUAACAGCAGCGAGCCGAGCGGAGCCAAGCCAACCGCCGUGCCAUCCGGACCGAAGCACCUGACCCCACCUGAACACCGCCGCUUCACUCAGCAGCUUGCUCUGUCUGUCUCAUGUCCUGAAGGAGUUAGCGUCUUUAGGCCUCUUUGUUUUCUUUUUGUUCUUUUUGCUUUUUUCCAACAUGAAGGAGAUCUCAUUAACAUAAUGAUAUGCAAACCCCUCCCAGUUUGUUGCCACAUGACUUCUGUUCACCUGGCAGAAAAAAAAAACAGAAAUGACACACUACCAAACCCCAGGAUGGUUGUCUCUCGCUCACAGCCAGAGUUUUGCCAAAAAGUCGAUGUGAAGGAAGCAGCCACACGUGUCAGAGGCGAGCUGCGCGCCGCAAAGCUCCGCCUCCUGCAGCACACGGGUCAUGAUGCUUUUUACAUAUGACUUUAUUUAUUAUUGUAAAGUGUUGUUUCUUCUCCAGUAUGUUCCCACCAGGCACACUCAUGGUUAGACUAUGCAUUCAGAAGAGAAGAAGAAGAAGAAGGUUAUGACGCAGCACUUUGUGUUGACACACUACAGCUUCAUUUGUUUACCUCAGUCUCAUUCUAGCUGUUUGGUCGUCGCCUUACUUUCAGUUUGAAUGUAACCGUCACACCACUUAGUUAGAGUACACUUUUAUUUUGUAAAGAAACACUACAGGAAGCAGAUUUGACCCCAGCAGUGAGAGACGACCCCACAACAACAACAACAACUACAAGAACACGACGACAUCUGGAGCCUUAAAGUGGAACGUUGUUUCUGAGAUCACAGGAAGCCACUUUGCAAUAAAAGCCUGUGGCAGUUC